AUGUCCAGGUCUACUACUAUUAAAAGAAUAACCAACGAAACCAAGAUUCAAAUAGCACUUAGUCUCGAUGGAGGUGAAAUAUCACUUGAAGAAUCAAUCUUCCCGAAAGAAAAACAUGAUGAACAUGCUAAACAAUUAUCAGGAAAUCAAUUAAUUAAUGUUCAAACCGGGGUGGGAUUCUUAGAUCAUAUGUUACAUGCUUUAGCUAAACAUUCAGGAUGGUCAUUAAUUAUUGAAUGUAUAGGUGAUUUACAUAUUGACGAUCAUCAUACUUCCGAAGAUGUUGGUAUUGCAUUGGGUAUGGCUUUUAAUAAAGCUCUUGGACCAAUUAAGGGGGUUAAACGAUUUGGUAGUGGGUUUGCUCCAUUAGAUGAAGCAUUAAGUAGAGCUGUUGUUGAUUUAAGUAAUAGACCAUAUGCUGUUAUUGAUUUAGGAUUAAAAAGAGAAAAGAUUGGAGAUUUAUCAUGUGAAAUGAUUCCUCAUGUUUUAGAAAGUUUUGCUCAAGCUGCUUCUAUUACAAUUCAUGUUGAUUGUUUAAGAGGGUUCAAUGAUCAUCAUAGAGCCGAAAGUGCAUUUAAAGCUUUAGCUAUUGCUAUUAAAGAAGCUAUCUCAAAGACUGGAAAAGAUGAUGUUCCUUCUACUAAAGGUGUCUUAUCUUGA